AUGGCGGACGAGCGGAGCGGGGGCCCGCGGGUGGUGCGGAUAGUCAAGUCCGAGUCCGGCUACGGCUUUAACGUGCGGGGCCAGGUCAGCGAGGGCGGCCAGCUGAGGAGCAUCAACGGGGAGCUGUACGCCCCGCUACAGCAUGUCAGCGCCGUACUACCGGGGGGAGCCGCCGACCGAGCCGGGAUCCGCAAGGGGGACCGGAUACUUGAGGUGAACGGCGUCAAUGUGGAAGGGGCCACCCACAAACAAGUGGUGGAUCUGAUCCGUGCCGGGGAGAAGGAGUUGGUCCUCACCGUUCUGUCCGUACCGCCACACGAAGCCGAGAACCUGGACCCCAGCGAUGACUCCUCAGGACAGUCCUUCUACGACUACACAGAGAAGCAGGCCGUGCCCAUCUCCAUCCCCACCUACAAGCAUGUGGAGCAGAACGGGGAGAAGUUUGUGGUUUAUAACGUCUACAUGGCCGGCAGGCAGCUGUGCUCCAAGCGGUACCGGGAAUUCGCCAUCCUGAACCAGAACCUCAAGCGGGAGUUUGCAAACUUCACCUUUCCCCGGCUACCGGGCAAGUGGCCCUUCUCCCUGUCUGAGCAGCAGCUGGACGCCAGGAGGAGGGGCUUAGAGGAAUACCUGGAGAAAGUGUGCUCCAUACGGGUGAUCGGGGAGAGUGACAUCAUGCAGGAGUUCCUGUCCGAGUCGGACGAGAAUUACAACGGCGUGUCCGAUGUGGAGCUCCGCAUAGCAUUACCGGACAAGACCACCGCCACUGUCCGCGUGAAGAAGAACAGCACCACCGACCAGGUGUACCAGGCCCUCGCCGCCAAGAUCGGAAUGGAUGGCAUCACCGCCAACUACUUCGCCCUGUUUGAGGUCAUUAAUCAUUCCUUUGUCAGGAAGUUGGCCCCCAAUGAGUUCCCUCACAAGCUGUAUGUACAGAACUACACCUCGGCGGUGCCCGGGACCUGCCUCACCGUGCGCAAAUGGCUGUUCACCACCUCCGAGGAGUCGCUGCUGAAGGACAACGACUUGGCCGUCUCCUUUUUCUUCCACCAGGCGGUGGAUGACGUCAAACGCGGGUAUAUUAAGGCCGACGACAAAGCGUACCAAUUACAGAAGCUCUGUGAGCAGCGGAAGAUGUUAAUGUACCUGAACAUGUUACGGAGCUGCGAAGGCUACAAUGAGAUCAUUUUCCCGCACUGCUCCUGCGACUCCCGCCGGAAGGGCCACGUCAUCACCGCCAUCAGCAUCAAGCACUUCAAACUCCUCGCCUGUACGGAGGAGGGGCAGCAGGAGAACCAGGUGAUCGCCUUUGAGUGGGACGAGAUGCAGCGGUGGGACACGGACGAGGAGGGGAUGGCGUUCUGCUUCGAGUACGCCCGGGGGGAGAAGAAGCCUCGAUGGGUGAAAAUCUUCACUCCAUAUUAUAAUUACAUGCACGAAUGCUUUGAGCGGGUGUUCUGCGAGCUGAAGUGGAGGAGAGAGGUAAUUCCAUUGUGA